UGUCACUAUAACUCAGGCGCGGGGAAACAGAAGACACCCACUUAUUUAUAAACCUGAAUUUACCGACCGCCUUUCUCUCUCUCUUUGUUUGUUUGUUUGUUUGUUUGUUUGUUUGUUUGUUGACGGAGAGCCGUUGAAAGCCCGCCAUGGCGUCGCCGCUGGAGAUGACAGAGAUGUACGACAACGCGCUGCUCGGCAUCCUGCAGCACGUCGGGAACAUCCACGACUUCCUGCGGGUCUACUUCGGGUUCUUGUACCGCAAGACGGACUUCUACCGCCGGCUGUCGAGCCCCGGCGAGAAGAUGGGCUUCCCCCCCGGCGCGGCGGAGAAAAUGGUGUUUCAGACAUUUAAGCUGUUUGAGAAGAUGGCGGAUCACGACAGAGAGAGGCAGCUGAGCGAGCUGCAGAAGAGAGAGGAGAGUCGAAGCGUUCCCCCGGCAGUUCAGGAGCUGGAGAUCGCCGCCGAGCCUCCCGAGGGGACGGAGGAGAAGAGCGCGGAGGCGGCGCAGACGCAGAGCUCCUCCUCCUCCUCGUCGGACGGCGGGGAGGUUCCUGCCGAGGCGACCGGCGCCCCUCAGCCCGACGGCGCUCAGGCCCAGUUACCUCAGGGAGACCAGGCAGCUGCAGCCAGCACAAACUCAGCAGAAGAGGUUCAGGAUAAAUUUCAGUCCGACCCCGACAGCUACAACGGGGCGGUGAGAGACAACUACAGCUGGUCUCAGGACUACACUGACCUGGAGGUUCGCGUGUUUGUGCCAAAGACGGUUGUCAAAGGCCGGCAGGUCAGAGUCAGUCUGCAGGCCAGCAGCAUGAAAGUGUGCGUGCUGGGAGCCGAGGAGAAGACGCUGAUGGAGGGAGAGUUCACUCACAAGAUCAACACCGAAAACUCUCUGUGGAGUCUGGAGCCUGGAAGCUGCGUGGUCCUGUCGCUCAGCAAGACCUCGGAGGUUUGGUGGAACGCGGUGCUGAAGGGAGAGAAGGAGAUUGACAUAAACCAGAUCAACCGCGAGCGCUCCAUGGCGACGGUGGACGAGGAGGAGCACGCCGUCCUGGACAGACUGACCUUCGACUACCACCAGAAGCUGCAGGGAAAACCACAGAGUCACGAAAUGAAGGUGCACGACAUGCUGAAGAAGGGCUGGGACGCCGAGGGCUCACCGUUCAGAGGGCAGCAGUUCGACCCCUCCAUGUUCGACAUCCCACCCAGCGCAGUGCAGUUCUGAGGCAACAGCCACAACUCGGCCAAACCAGAACUGAAACCCAGUUUAUUCACAGAACUGGUGGCAGGAAGGUUUCCCUGCCGGUCUGUUGUGUUUGGAGCUUUUGAGCGGACGGGUGGGAAGAGAAUUCAGAUUGUGACGAGGACAUCGUGUCACUAGAUUGAGCAUUUAUUUGAUGUUUUGGCAGAUUGAAAUCUGAUAAAUAUGUGUACUUUGUUCACUGUUUUGCUCUUUAUUUAAUAACUCUGCAGUGCCUAUAGGUUUGUCUGCCCGACUGAGGGAUUCUGUUAUUGUUUCUCAUGUUUGUGUUCAUACAAAUUCCCCAAAAACUGUUUGCAAAACAGCAUUUUACCAUUUCUUUUUAUCCAAAUGUAGCAUAAAGUUUUACAAAAUUUCCAGAAAAUCUGCAAAAGAAAAUGAGGAUUAAUGUGCGUUUGUGUCCAUUGCACCGGGUUGCACCAGCGAUGUGUAAGUUCUCUCCUCAGUUAUAUAGAUAUUAAAAUCUGUUGCACCACAAUUACUUGGGGCUAAAUCUAACAAGCUUGGACGUGAAUAACUAAAGAAAGUGGCCAAUCGAUGAUCAAAGAUCGAGUUCCAUCAUCACGGUUGAGCAUGAGCCACUUGGCAUCGUAGUAGUAAGCUGUUGAUACUGAAAUAUAUCAAUAAAUUAAGUUUACUGAGUUUCAAAAUGGCUGCAAUUAAUGAAAAAAUGAUUCUGUGUGAGUUUAAAACUUCUUUUCCACUCAUUAAAAUGCCCAAAUGUCCUGGAAA